AUGUCUACCGGUAAGGCAGCUGCAGCUGGUGUUGGUAGAGUGGGACGCACUAUCAAACAAAAAGUACAAUCAAACCGCGAUGCUCCACACGCCACACGCUUUUUUAAUACAUUAUGGACUUAUCGCACUGGGCAACUCACAACCAGUAACAUUCGACGCCUCAGGGAGACGGGUAUUCCACUGGAGUAUGCAUCUAGCGGCGGCAGUAGUAGUAGUAGUGGUGGUACUAGUGGGAGUGAGAAUGAGAGCACUCCUGUAAAAAGUGAUCUGCAACCCCAUGCACUGCACAAAUUCACUGGGGAUGACAAUUGGUCUCUUGUAGUUGCUGUCCCAAAGAAUUCAGAUCAUUUCCGCAAUGUUGUAGAAUGUUCCCGUGGAAGUCUCAUGGUGGGACACACCGACCCACAGUUAUUUCAUUGGUUUAAGCAACUCGGUACACUUCCACCGCGGUCUAUUGUCUCUGGGUCACUAGAACUACUCACUGGAGACUUGGAGCAGGAGGCGUGGGAGCAGACAUUCUCACGACACCCAGUAAUUCACAACAUAGCGCAAGAGAUGUGGACACGCAAGGAGAGUAAAACGGAGGAAGAAUGCGUCACCAUUGAACGGCGUGAACGAGAGGAAGAUGAGAAACGUAUGCGACGUAUGAGUAGCAGCGAUUGGCGUGCAAAAUUUAAAGAACGUGAACGAAAUCCUACAGCAGAAGAAGAUGAAGAACGUCCUAUUUACGUUAUUAAACCAGAAACCUUUGCAUUACUACGACUACGACCAGAAGUUAAACUCUGGAUGAAUUUUGUAUCACAGACACAGCGGGUGUGGGAGCCUUUGAUUCCAGAUCCUGACCCUCUCUGUCGUUGCAGCCCGCGGUUUAUCCGCAUGUUAAAUCUCGCACGACAGAAGCUUGUACCAUCACUCAAUAUGAACUACUCUCUAAAACUCACAAACGCGUUCGUAUUUGAGAUUGACCAAAAGGGAAUCUGGGCGAUGGGUACGCAGGAAAACCUUGACACCAACACUGCUGCUGCUGUUCCUUCUAGUGAUGAUGGAAGUGGUGGUGGUGGCUCCACUGUGCGUGAGGAGUGGACGGAGUUGCGAUUGGAGUUUGGUAAAGGGCAAGAGAUACGGACAGAGCAGGAGAUGGAAUGGUGGGUGCGUGGUCUGACGAAGCUUGGCGCACCGGAGGUCUCACAAUCAAACAGCAGCGUAGAGGACGCCGGGAUGAACCCGGAGGACUACGAUUACCGUCACAUUUAG